ACUCUCUCUGUCAUAUCACAAUAUCAAAACAGAAACAAAGGAAAAAAGGAAACACAGGGUGAAGAGAAGCGGUUAGGUGCAUUCGUAUACUUGGUACUUCAUAGACAGUUCUUCAUGGUGGAGAAGACAAAGAGCAAGCAGCAACAACCAACUAAACGGGACAAUUCAAAAUCAUCGCAAGUUGGAACUACACCACGUUUGACCGAAGAACGCGAGACCCUUCGACAAACUCGAAAGAAAAAGAAGUUGUCAAAGCUCAUAACAGCGGAAGAGCCGGUGGGUUUGCUGGAUUUGAACCAUUUGAAAAGCCUUCUCCAUGUUCCUGAAGCGUGCUCCAUCUAG